AUCUAGGCGUGUUUCCUGCUGCCAUUGACUAAAACCGAGAGCUGGCAUCCUGCGGGGAAAAAAAGCACAUCACAGCUUUACAUGUUUGCGUCCUUACAGGCGAUUAUUUCUUAUUUUUGAUCGCUUUUUCCCCUUUUCUUUCUUUACAUGAAUGCAUAGACCUCGACCACGUCCAGCAGCAUGGGCAUAGUCCAAUGUGUGUGAACGCGGAGCAGCUCGCCUGUACGAUCAUUUAUGAUUUAUCGAGAUCAUAUGAAUGUCAGUCUGUCAAGGUCCGCUCUCCCGAUGAAACAGCCACGGCUGGAUUUUCUAGCGUCUGGUGGGAAACAUCUGCCGCAAGCAUUUGGAUGAAUUUCUACUCAUUUCCAAUAUUGACAGGGCGGUGGGAGGAUUGAGAUUGAGCAGCGUGGGAGCCUCACUGUGGGAAUGACAUGCUGCAGCAAAGACAGGAAACUGGAAAUAUUAUGGAUUAGAUGAACAUCGAUGAUGUGACUGCGACACUUUAAACGAAAAGAAAAUGCUUCUCAGUCGUCGCCUUGUGCAGAAAUCUUUAAUAUUACUGAGUAAGUGGUUUGUUUUUUCCCCAAUGGACACGUGUGUGUCACACUGACUGAACAGUAGCUCUCCAAACCCAUCAGCUUAUUGUCUGACUCGUUUUACAGUAUAACAGCUGACAUUAACCCAAAGGACUGAUCUGACAAGAGCACACCAUGUCGGCGGUCAUGAUAACACGAAAGGUGCGGAAAUGGGAGAAGCUCCCGGGUAAGAACACUUUCUGCUGCGACGGACGGGUGAUGAUGGCCCGGCAGAAAGGAGUUUUCUACCUGACCCUGUUCCUCAUCGUCGGGACCUGCGCUCUCUUCUUCGCUUUCGAAUGUCCGUACCUGGCUGUCCAUCUGUCUCCUGCCAUCCCAGUUUUUGCUGUUGUGCUCUUCCUCUUCGUCAUGGCCAUGUUACUGAGGACCAGCUUCAGUGACCCCGGGGUGCUGCCACGGGCCCUUCCAGAGGAAGCCACAUUCAUCGAGAUGGAAAUUGAGGCUGCCAAUGGGAACGUCCCCGCAGGGCAGCGACCCCCUCCUCGAAUCCGCAAUGUUCAGAUCAACAACCAGAUCGUCAAGCUCAAGUACUGCUACACCUGCAAGAUCUUCCGACCACCUCGAGCAUCUCACUGCAGCAUCUGUGACAACUGUGUCGACCGUUUUGAUCACCACUGUCCAUGGGUAGGAAACUGUGUGGGCAAGAGGAACUACCGAUACUUCUACCUGUUCACCAUGUCCCUCUCCCUGCUCACCAUCUAUAUCUUCACCUUUGACAUCGUCCAUGUGGUCAUGCGUUCGGUGGAUAAUGGCUUUUUGAACACUUUGAAGGAAACACCUGGAACUGUGGUGGAGGUGUUGGUGUGCUUCUUCACCCUGUGGUCAGUGGUGGGACUUACCGGCUUCCACACCUACCUGAUCUCUCUCAACCAGACCACCAAUGAGGAUAUUAAAGGAUCCUGGUCGGGAAAGAACAGAGUCCAGAACCCGUACAGCCAUAAGAACUUCAUCAAAAACUGCUGUGAGGUGCUCUGUGGGCCAACGUACCCGAGCGUCUUGGACAGAAGAGGACUGAUGCAGGAGGAUUCGCCGGUUUCUGCAACACCUGCUGCACCUUCCUCCUCUAGCAGCAGCAACCCAGUGUCACAAACCACGAAAACCACAGCUCCACUCAUCCCCAAUGAGCACACACCUGAUGAUGCUAAGCCGAGCAUUGCUGCCUCAGCAGAGAAGAGCCCCUCCCCCAAAGAGGAACACCCUCCUGCUCCAAAGGUCCCGCCCCUGGCUUCACCAGAGACUGAUCCAGAAGCAUCCCUCGCCAAGGACAAGACCCAUUAGCUGCAUGAGGGAGCGGCUCUCGUCGCAGCCACUCCCCCAGCGUCCUGCCUGGUCGGGAACUGAAACUUUAAUAAUCAAUGUCUGAUUACUGUGCGGAUGACUCAGUUGUGCUCUGACUCCUGCCCUACAUUCCACCAGAAGAGCAGAGCUUCUGCGGCAGCUCCUCCUCUUCCCUCCUCUCCUCACCAGUAGCUGCAGAGCUGUUUGAUUGACACUUCCUCCUGCAGGAGGGGGGGUGAUUUUAAUGGAAAGUCAGCAGCUUCCUCCGUCUCCUGAACACUGCAUGGAAAGGAGACGCGGGGGGGAGAAGCUGCUGGGAGAACUGCAGAGAAGAAAAACUCUCCAAGCGUAUGACAUCCACACAGGUCACCUGUGGGCUGCUCUGAUUGUCAGUACUACUUUCUUUAUUAUUUUGUUCUUUAUUUAAAAUUGCAUAAUGACAUUUAUUGUGAGAGGCCAGUUCAAAUAUACUAAUUGCAAGUGUCUGGCAAAGACAAUAUAACUUCUGGACAUGUAUAAAACUUCAUACAUACAGUCAGUUUUCUGUUGUGUGCACAUUACAUGCCCUAUGCAAACCAUGAUAAGGCUGGACAAGCAGCUUUUUGAUGAGUGUGGAAAGAAGGGUUACAGCUGUAAGUCUGUGAGUACACAUGAUGUCCAGACAGAGAGAGGACAAGCAAAUCCUUAGCUGAGAUAUCCUAAAGGCUCCUUCCAGGCAAGUCAAAAUCUACCUUGUAUUCUGGUAUUGCUGCAUUCAGUACUGUUGUUACUUGUGUGCAUCUUUUUUUUAAAGUGAUCUGAUCCAGACCAACGCCUGUCUUUCCAUUUUUAUAUAAUCAAGGAUGUAGUGUGACGUCGGUGCUCUAAAAUAGAUGAAAUUGCUUUACGCACAAUUAAAGUCUUGUAUGCAGGAGAUGCUUAUCCAGAAUCCAAGUGUGCGUGAGAAAAGGCCUGACUUCUGAUUAUAGUAGACACUCGUAGUAACAGUGCCUUAUCAUAACAGUUGCACUAUCAAAUGCAACUGAGGUCAACUAACAGAGAAGCCCUUGAAAUCCGUUAUAAUCGCUGAUAGAGUUAAAUGAGAAAUGCCAACGUUCAUACACUAAUUAGUCCAGUGGUUCCCAAUCUGGGGUUUGAGACCCCCACAAGGGGUUGCAAUGUAAAUCUAGAUGAUUAAAGGAGUAGUUCGACAUUUUGGCUUAUUCGCUUUCUUGUGGAGAAUUAGAUUAGAAGAUUGAUACUAAGCUAACCAUAUGUUAUGAAGCCACAGCCAGGAUAUGGUUAGCUUAGCUUAGCAUAAAGACUGGAAACAGGGGAAAACAGCUACCCUGGCUCUGUCCAAAGGUACAAAAAAAACAAACGUUUUGUCAUUUUACGGCUGGAACUCUUUCUUGACUUGCUGUUGUUUUUAGGUGCUGGUAGGUGUAUUUUCCAACUUUGGACAGAGCCAGACUAGCUGUUUCCACCUGUUUCCAGUCUUUAUGCUAAGCUAAGCUAACCAGCUGCUGGCUGGAGCUUCAUGUUUAGCGUACAGAUAAUAGAGUGAUAUAGAUCUUCUCAUCUAACUCUCAGCAAGUAAGCAAAUAAAAAGAAUUUCCCAAAAUGUCCAAGUAUUCCUUUUAAAAGGAUAAGAAAUUAGAAAAAACAUAUUUCUGCUAAAUAAUACUACAAUGUGCUUUCUUCUUGUGAAAUACUGUGAAUUUUCCCCUAGAAAAGAUUAAAAAAAAAAAAAAUUUGAGAAGGAAAAAAAUUACUCUUUGUUUGAACUGGUCACAGCUGCUAGACGUAUGCAACCUGUGACGAGUAGAUAUUGCUGCGUUUUAGGGGGUCUUAAAUGUUGGGAACCCCUGAAUUACUCCUUGUGAAGCAAAAACUAAGCAAAGCCAUUGUUGAAUUGUACAUAGUUUUAGCAGGUAAAGAUGUACUGAAAACCUCUCAGCUGAUUUGUGAGGAUGAAACAUUGCAGCAAAGUUUUGUUAUGUUUUUGUUUUAUUCUUUAAGCUUAAAUGCGGCCAGUGUUAAUUAUGCUGACUGUGAGCUCGAGCACCUCGUCCUGCAAAUCACACCAGAGCGGAUAUUCCUCUUGAGUCCUUUCUCUUCCUGCCGUCCUCUGCCUCCUCCCUCUAUAAAAACGGCUCUCAUAUUUAACUCUUCUCCUUCUCCUUGCAUCUUUUCUGUGACAGUUAUUCCUACAGUACGCCCUAGGCCGAGGCUGUUCCCACCACAGCUGUCUGUGGCAGGCUCAUUAUCGAAGAGAAUAAAGCCAAGGCAUAGAGAGAAAGACGCUCAAUCCUCUCUUUUCACACAUCUGUGUAUUUUGGACGGAGCACAGCCUUUAAUGAGGCUUGAAAAUUUGUUUUGGUCGCAGAUCGCUCGAGGGGACAGAAU